AAAGAAAAAAUUAAUCCUCAAAGAAAACACGCUAUUCCUCGAAGCGUGCUCUUUGUAAUCUCAACUAUCACAAUCUAGGGUUUUAGAAUUUCCCAUAAACCCUAAUGGCAGAAGGAGCCGCACCGGAAGUCGUUGAUCCCAACAUCACUACCGUCGCCACCGUUGAUAUGGACGUUGAAAACGUUGUUGAGUCAAAGGAAAAGCGAGCGAGGGAAGAUGAGGAAUCCAAAGACGACGUUGUUUUGAAGAAGAUUAAAGUGGACGAGGAAAAGUCAGUAGAAGAACAAAGGUUGGAGAAGUUGGAAAAACAACAGGACAAAACCGUAGAAGAAGAAGAAAAGGAACCGUCCGGUGCUAUUAAUUUGGGACCCAAGCACUUUUGUUCCUCCUUGGAAAUGUUCCAUUACUUUCACAACUUUCUUCAUGCCUGGCCUCAAAAUCUCAAUGUUAACAAGUAUGAGCACAUGAUGUUGCUAGAAUUGCUCAAGAAUGGGCAUGCAGAACCUGAUAGAAAGAUUGGUGGAGGGAUUUGUGCUUUCCAAGUUCGCGACCAUCCUCACUUUAAAAGUAGGUGCUAUUUCCUCAUUAGGGAGGAUGAUUCUGUUGAUGAUUUCAGCUUCCGGAAGUGUGUGGAUCAUAUACUUCCAUUGCCAGAAGAGAUGCAAUUGAAAAAUGAGGCAAACAAGAGGUUUGGUGGUGGUGGAGGAAAGCAUCAUGGAGGAAAAGGUGGCAGAGGAAGGGGUGGAAGAGGUCGCGGUGGUCAAGGAAGAGGAGGAAAGUGGAGACAUUGAAUACAAUAGUCGUGGUCAAGGAAGAGGAGGAAAGUGGAGACAUUGAAUACAAUAGUCGCUUGUGGUCUAUUUUAUUUUGAGAUUUGAAGUGUGUUUUGUUUUUCACUUGGCUGGUCUAUUUCAUGUUUGCUGCUAAUUUCCUGAUAAUUAUGAUUAUGGCAUUCUGGUUAUUUUUUAUAUUUGAACAUAUCUUGCCAAUUGUUCCACUCAACAUUCUAAUUACAGUGCCAUGAACCAUUGACUGAAGAAUUUCGAUAUAAGGGAGAUUUUUAUUAUUAUGCAAA